GAACAAACGCCAAACGCAAGAGGAUUGAAAGGGCUGUGCUCCGUCCUCUGAUCAUUAAACCUUAGCCGUUUGUUGUUUCCGACCAUUCUCAAUGACGAACACUGGGGUUUCAGAGGGCGUCUGGCGCACGAAGACCGAGGAGCUUCUUCACUAUCGUAGCAGCUGGACAUCUCACCGUGACUUUUUGUCUUCUGCAAUCUUAUCAAUGAGGCGAUUACUCACCACCAACCUUUUGAAUGUGCUUAGUACGAGAGCCGUGACGCACAACCAUAUGUUGGCUCUGUAGAUGAAGUUGAGAGGUUCAAGCAUUGACGUAGGAGGACAUCUCGCUCAGUCUAUAAAACGUGAGGGAUUCCAUCAAGAGCCAGUUUCUGGAUCUCAAACGCCUCUGCAUCCCACUCACCACUCUGGAGACUAUCCACGACUGGGUUCUCUACGCGAUGUUCAAUGCAGGUGCUACGAAUGUCAAUCUGGUGAGAUUGAGCUAUGGGAGCCAAGUCUCUUGCAAAGUGCCCUCCCCUUUGAAUUCAAUUAUCAGGAAAAAUGCCUAGUAGCGCACGAAGUUCCUCGUGGAGCUCUUCGGAUUGUCAGACAAUUUAAACCGAGAAGCCUAGAGGCUCUUGUUUUCGCAAAAGAGCACAUUGUUGCUAUUACAAAGCCCAAGUUUGCAUACCACUUUCUUCGGUACCUGCAAGUCUUCCAAACCGAUAACCACCAAGAGAACAAUGGUAUUCCCGACCUCCAUCUCAUGACGGAGGAUUGCCCCCUAGGAGAUCUUCAGUCCUUCGUCGCGACCCAUGGAUCCAUACGGGAAGAGGAAGCAAGAACAAUCAUGCGUCAAAUCUGCAAUGGCCUAGGGCUGUUACAUCAGGAAGGCCUCGCCCAUGGCGAUCUGCAACUGUGUCACGUGUUUAUCGACCGUCUUCCCGAACACAACCACGAUCAACACCACAGAGAAUGGCGCGUUAAAAUUGGGGGAUGCAGGCUUCAUUACCCAACGUCUGCUAACAGUCAUGGCAGUCCCGGAACUUUCAUCAAUACUGUUGCCUUUGCAAAUCUCUCCUUUCUCUCCCCAGAGAUUCUAGGGGGUUAUACACCGAGAGACCCUGCAACCUUUGGAGGUUUCAAUGGAAUACAAGCAUUUGACGUUUGGGCAGCAGGAGAGGUCGCCGCUCAGAUGUUAACCGGCAGUCCAACCUUUGGCCUAGAUCUCCAGAUGAUGUUCGACUACCAGGCCGGAACAGUUUCAUUUCCAACCAGGAAGUUGGAUCAGGCGAUGGUCUCAGAACUUUGCAAAAGAUUCAUUGCGACAUUCAUGCACCAAGAUCCCUUCAUGCGACCAACGCUUCCCCUCGAUCCAAGGCGAGAUGCCGUUGUACAGUGGGUCGAACCAGCCAACUGCUGGCAAGCCAAAGAACUGAAGUCAGUUCCACUAGCGACACUCUACCACGACAAGAUUCUACCGCCAACAAUGCAUUACACCCCCGAUGGGAACACAUUGGUUGUUAUAGACUCCUAUACCAUUACCAUUCGUUCAAGUUCCGCCGGAUUCAUUAGCAGCUGGAUCUACGAGAACGACCGGCAUGCUGAAUAUCGCGCUUCUGCUCUUUCGUCUUGCGGGAAGACAUUGGCGGUGUAUGACGCACACUCCAAUGCCAUCAAGAUAUUUGACAUUUCGAAGAGAAAAUACACCGGGCCAUUCCUAUCCUACCCCGUUUCUGAGCCACUCAUCACCCCUCCAAUGUUUAGUUCCCUGUUUGUGCAAUUACGGCAGCCGCAAACAAUCCUCAACUUUCAUCCUACCGGCUCUACGCUUCUUGCCGCCUCUCCAAGCACCUUCACAACUCUCAAUCUCUCUAUUGUCCCGAAUCCUGCCGAUCCCCUCCCAUACCAACCCAAGACAGACUCCCGAGAAGAACCAAUUCUCAACGCCUGCUAUACCAAUGACGGCCUUGCAACGGUCGUUUCCCAUAGAAACUAUACAAGGUUUACCCUGCUAUCAAACGGGCAAGUCACCCGUACAGUGGCGCACCCCGUCCCCGCUCGCGUUGUAGCUAUUGCACCCGAUGGACACCGCCUUAUUCUGGGGUCAAAGGAUGGUGAUAUCUGGUCUCUUUCUACUUCAUCGUUCGUCCAGUCAGACGAAGGUUGUUGGGUACCGGUCUGGCGAUGUGUAGACGGGUAUCCCGUCGACUCUAUCGACAUUGCCCUGUCAUCUACCCAUCCCACUCGGAAGGGGGGUACUAGUGCUGAUGCAGUUACGGUAGCGGUUGUUAGUGGGGAGCGAUUGACUCUUCUAUCUAUGGGCAGCGAUCAAGACGAUCGCUGCUUGGGAUGGGUAGAGUUCAAGAAGCGGAAGGCACUGAUUGCCAAGAUCAAGCCCAGAGCGGACAAAGAAAACCAUUUGGAGAUUGCGCUAUGGAGUGGAGGUGAAAGCAGGAUUACCUUCUUGAAGUUUGAGGGGUUCUAUGAAGAUGAAAAGGCUGAGGGUGGUGGCAAUAACUCCAAGGGGCUCGCAGAGUCGACCAUCGCUGGAGAAAUCGAGAACCACAACUAA